AGAUGCGAGUCGGCUGUUGUGGCCGUGUAGAUACUUCAGGAUUCACGAGUCUUAUUAAAGGAAAUAUAUACCGUAAUCAAGAAAUUCUUCUUAUCUGCGUAUCGCAGUCAUAUGUGCACUGUUGUCGCCGUCUUUAUUGUUUCGAUGGAUUUUGUUCGACAGUUCGGAAUUGUGCUUUUAAUCGCGGUGUUUUCCGGCGCUCGUGCAGACGAGCUUCAGAUUGACCCACUGAUAUACGAGGAGCAGUUGCUAUGGGUCGGCGGUGGAGCCGGUCAGGUCAACACUUACAGGAUCCCUCUGCUAACCUUCACGCUGCGAGGAAGUCUGCUGGCGUUCUCUGAGGCCAGGAAAAUGUCCUCCAGUGACACUGGCGCGAAGUUCAUCGCACUGAGACGCUCCACAGACAAAGGAGUCACCUGGUCUCCCACCUCAUUCAUAGUGGACGAUGGUUCUCUAGCAGAUGGGUUGAAUCUAGGUUCGGUUGUUGUGGAUGAAGAGACUGGUGCUGUGAUACUCAUCUAUGCUCUGUGUUUCCACCGUUACCACUGUAAGCCCUCCAGCACAAUGAUGGUGCAGAGUCUGGAUGACGGGUUCACCUGGAGCGCCCCACGAAACCUUAACCCUCAACUGGGGCUCAUGAGUUUUGUUCCUGGACCUGGCUUCGGUAUACAGAAGCGUCAUCCACCUGCUGUUGGGCGUCUGGUGGUGUGUGGCCACGGCAGCAUCACUGGAGACGGAGUCUUUUGCAUCCUGAGUGAUGAUCAUGGAAACACAUGGAGAUAUGGAGCUGAACUGAAGAGCAUUCCCUACAACCAGCGUAAAAACAACCUUGACUUUGACCCAGACGAGUGUCAGCCAGUGGAGCUGGAUGACGGCAGCAUCGUGAUUAAUGUGCGCAACGAUAAACACUAUCACUGCCGCUGUCGCAUGGUUGCACGCAGUCUGGAUGGAGGAGAGUCUCUGCCGGUGGAGGAGCUGGUGUUUGAUCGCACACUGGAGGAUUCUGCGGUUGCAGCUGGAGCUUUAGAGAAGGAAGGAGUGCUUUACUUCACCAACCCAGCCAACGCUAAUAGCAGAGUGAACCUCACCCUUCGCUGGUCUCUGAAUCACGGUAAAUCAUGGGUGAAAGAUACUCUGAAGAUCUGGGCCGGGCCAAGUGGAUACUCUUGUAUGACGUCACUUAAAGGCAAUGAAACUGAGGAUCAUAAAUACAUCUAUGUCAUCUUUGAGAAAGGCCAAAAGGACUAUUUUGAGUCCAUCUCUUUUGUGAAAAUUGACCUGUACAGCGACCAGUGAAUAAAGUCACUGAUGGGCUGAUUCACUUUAGAAAAAAAAGAAGCUUGAUCAAGUUGCUAAAAAAUUUUUUUUAUAUUGUUUGGUCAUCCCUUUUAUCUAGUUAUGGUUUUGCUGAGCAGUUAAGCAAAAUAAUACAAAUGUUAAAA